AUGGUAGACAAAUCCCAGCAAACAGAUAUCAUUGACAAAAAGAAAUGCCUGUCAGGUUCACAACUGUCUACACCAAAAGCUGUCUUUAGUCAUAGUAAUAUACUUGAAAGCAAAGCAAAGUAUUCUACUAAAGAAUAUGAUAACAUGAGAUUAUCUUCUCAGCUUCAACAAACCUGGCAGAAGAGAAAAUAUGGACAAGAAUUAAUAGAUAAAUUUCAGCAGACAGAGGACACUAAAGCAGGGGGACUAAAAGGAAUGGAGGGAGAAAUUUUAUCACCAAAAUCUAAGCUUGAGGAAUCAAGCGGGGGAGGAAAAAUGAAGUGUCGUGAACCAGUUGGAGAAGGCUUAGUUGAUGCUGGAGGGGUACUUCCUUUUAUCCCUGAAUCUGAGAUUGAUCAAGCUUCUCAUCCUUGUAUAGAGCAUGAAAUUCCCUUAAUCAGAUCCCAGAGCUAUUGCUUGAUAAACAGAUCUCAGCAGACAAGUUGCACUGGAGACUGGGGUCUUAUGGCCUACUAUGGCAUAUGCAGAGAAAUGGUGGACAAGCAGACUGGAAUGAGUGACAUAGAGCUACUGGGAUUUCCUAGUAGCAAAAAAGAUUCAUCAUGCCAGUCAGUGGAAGAUACUGAAGAAACUAAAAUGAAGUCAAGGAUAUCCCGAGGAAGUUCUACUGCUAAUAGAACUUUUUCUUCCCAGACAAAUACUAGGGCUAGCAAAGCAUCCACUGCCAGGGGAAGUGCUCCUGCUAACAAAAUUUUAUCUCCCCCAGGAAAUGCCAAAGUCAUCUCUGCCAAGGGAAAUACUGAAGCUGCUGGUAGAACUUUUUCUUCCCAAGCAAGUGCUAGGGCUAGCAAAAUGUCCUCUGCCAAGGGAGGUGCUACUGCUAGCAAAAGUUUCUCUCCCCCAGGAAGUGCCAAAGUCCUCUGUGCCCAAGGAAGUAUUGAAACUGCUAGCAGAACAAGUACUAAGGCUAGCAAACCAUCUUCUGCCAGGGGAAGUGCCACAGCUAACAAAACUUUUUCUACCCAGGCUAGCAAAACCUCAUCUAUUGAAGCCCCUGAAGAAACUGGCUCAAUAUCACCCAUUAUAAAAAUGGAUACUAUUUCUGCGGAAGAAGUAGUUCGUGAAGAAGGACAGCCUCCUGUUGCCGAACUUGAAUUUUCUGACAUAGAGAAUUCUUUGGAACUAGAAUCUCCUCCUGCUGCUGAAAGAGAAGUUCCUCCUGAGGAGUCUCCCGUUGAAGUAGAGACUUUUCCUACGGAAGAACAAGAGGAACAAGAGCCUUCUGAUGAAGUGAAGUCUUCUUUUAUGGAAGAAACUCAACUUGAUGAGGUAGAAGCUGCUCCUGCUGAAGUAGAGGCUGCCCCUGUAGAAGAAGAGGCUGCCCCUGAGGAAGAAGCUCCUCUUGAGGAAUCAGAGCCUCCUUCUGAUGAAGUUGAGGCUGCCCCUGUAGAAGAAAUUCCUCCUGAAGAGUCAGAGCCUCCUUCUGAUGAAGUAGAGGCUGCCCCUGUAGAAGAAAUUCCUCCUGAAGAGUCAGAGCCUCCUUCUGAUGAAGUAGAAGCUGCUCCUGUGGAAGAAGCUCCUCUUGAGGAAGUAGAGCCUCCUUCUGAUGAAGUAGAGGCUGCCCCUGAGGAAGAAGCUCCUCUUGAGGAAUCAGAGCCUCCUUCUGAAGAAGUAGAGGCUGCUCCUGUGGAAGAAGUCCCUGUGGAAGAAGCUCCUGUUGAAGAACCCAUCGAGAAUGAUCCUGAGGAAGAAGUUCCUCCAAAGGAACCUGAACUUGAGUCUCCUCCUGCUGAAACAGAGACUGCUCCCAUAGAAGAAAAACCUCUGGAUGAGCUAGAGCACCCCCAUGCUGAUGUCCCUUCUGAUUUACCGCCUUCUCCUCCUGUGGAACAAGAGGAUUCUACUGAAAAAGAAGUUCCUCCAGAAGAACCAGAAGCUCCUGAGGCAGCUGAGUAA